GCUGGCCUUCCACGGGGUGCCGGACGAGGCGCCUGGCCUCCGGGCCACUGUGUGGAAGGUCCUCCUCGGGGUCUCUGAGCCAAGCCAGGGCGCCGAGGCUUGGUCUGCUGCAGCGGCCGGGCGGAGGGAGACGUACGAUGCGUUCCUGGAUGAGUUCAACAUCACCCAUCUCUCACCAGAAGCCAUUCGGGGGAGACCGGCUUGGCCACCGCCGCCGCCCUCGACGCCAUGUACUCGACGGGCACAAAGGCAGACGCAAAGGCGGGCGCAAAGGCCGUCGGAUCGAGCACUGGCGUCAAAGUUGAGGCGUUUGGAUUGGACGCCGGGGCUGCGGCGGAUGGAGCAGGAGAGACCAAGAAGAGGCGCAAGAAGGGAAGGAAGGGUAAGCGCAAGCUGCCGCCGUGCCCGGGAGGGAGUUCCGGGCUGGUGGCUGAGCCGGUGAGUCUGCUCGACGCCGCUGAGGCUGUCGAUGACCAUCCGCUCUCGCUAGCGGCCGGAUCCAAGUUCAAGGCUGCCCACGAGAACUCGGCCAUGUCAACAGAGAUUCUCAAGGACAUUGCACGGACGUGUCCGGAACUGGCCUUCUUCCAGGCCCACGAGCCGGUCAACCACUACGCAGCGCUCCACGCCAUCCUGCUUGUGUAUGCGCGGCUCAAUCCCGGGAUCGGGUAUGUGCAGGGUAUGAACGAGCUUGUGGCGCUUCUGUACUACGUCUGCUUCCACGAGCAGCCGAACCAGCCGCGGCUGGUCGAGUCGGACACGUUCUUCUGCUUUAUGGCGCUGAUGGGCGAGAUCCGCGACAACUUUUGCCAGUCGCUCGACUCGACCGACUCGGGUGUCGUCUCGCACUGCCACGCGCUGCACGCCGCGCUCGCCGCAGCCGAUCCGAUUCUCUCGCAGCAUCUCGACGACAUGGGCCUCAACCCGCAGUUUUACGCCUUUCGCUGGCUCACGCUCCUCCUCUCACAAGAGUUUGACUUUCCGGACGUCCUCCGGCUAUGGGACUCGCUCUUUGCCGACCCGCUACGCUUCGAGUUUAUGGAGCACUUUGCUUCGGCCAUGGUCCUUGCGCUCCGCCCGAUCCUGCUCGAGCCAGCCACCGACUUUGCCUUUGCGCUUCAGAUGCUGCAAAACUACCCACGCGACGUCCCGUUUGCACACGUCUUUGCCCUCGCUGUUCAGCUCCGCGACGGCAUGUACGAGCCACCGGCCCCCUCCUCGCCCCGCGGCAACACCUCGCUUUUGGCCGCAGCCGCCGAUGCCGCCGCCUCGGCCUCGCCGGCCCUCGCCGCCUUCUUCACCCGGGCCCGCGAUCGCAUCUCGUCCGCCGUAGCCUCGGCCAUACCCGAACGUGACCAAUAGCACCAUCGCGCCGCUCCUCAGUUACCUCCUAGGUGCAUGCUGUCAAGCAGUGGCCAUACCCCGCCCCACAUCACUACCGAUGCCCCCCGUACCCCACCCACAUUGCCCACAUCAACCACUACCAAUGCCCCC